CUUCAGUACAAGUGUAACGCUCUUUGAGAGAGCACGUGUUUAUUUUGAACUUCCAACAAACAAUAACAGUUUUCAUCAAACGUACGUGACAAUAAUUAUUACGGAUUUAUUGAAAUAUUGUUUUAAUACUAUUAACAAAUUGACGAAUCGUACGGUGAAGUUUCGUUCGUGACCAGUCGGUUCACUAAUUUUGCAACGAUUGGCAACGAAAUUUAGAGUCGUAAACAGCUGAAUAUUCGCGGGGAUAAUUCGUACUUGCGAAACGCGUCAUCGAAAUACGUGAUAGGUGGAUUGGUAAUAAAGAAUCUCGUAUGGAUUGGGCGACAGUAGCGCCAAGAGGGAGCAAGGCUCGAGGAAACGGUGCGAACGUCAGUCAGUGAGCGUCUGCUGGUGCAGACGGUUCUCAAGGAAAGUGUGAAGUACAUUAUUUCGUAAUAAGCCUUCCCGGAGAAAAGAACAAAGGACUUUGACAUUCAAAUUCGUGUAUGGUCACGGUUCGUUGACACCACUGGUAUCGAGUGUUUAUGAUUCAUUCUUCGUAAUGGUGUAAUAAAGACAAUUGGAAGAAACAUAUGCAUAAGUGAACGAAAUAUUGUUUGGUGUGAAGUGAAAGAAAGGAAAGAAAGAAAAAACAGUUUGGGUCCCGGCUCGAUUGCACAGGACACCUGACAGCUCUUCGCUUUGUUCGUCGCUGUGUGUGCGUGUACGAGCGUUUCGUGCUGUUGAAACAUACAUACACAUUAAAACUUGAGCGAGUUACACACCCUCGAAUUCAAUCGAUCCAGUGCAAAAACGGAGAAGGCUCAUAUCCUCUGCAUUUGCUUUUUAUCUGCAGGAUAACGUUCGGCGAAGAGUUCGAAUAUCCCAUGGGUUAAAAAUACCCGAAAUAGAGACGAAACGUCCACAUUUGACGAGUGACACUUUGUACUAACGCAGACCGAUAGAUAUUUCUUGCAAAAUGGUCGGCUAAAGACAGUUUCGAAAAUAGACAGUGUGUGCGUGUGUGAGUGGGUGGGCACACCUGACUCGUUAGUUGACAGUUGAACCAUUCAAAUAUUUGUCACUGAAGAAUCGCUUUCUCGAUUUUCAAGCGACUUUUUUAUUCUUUCUCUCGGGACGUGCUCGACACGUCCCCGACCUUUGUGCUCUCUGGAAAAACUCUGUUCCUCAGCCUUUUUCGUCUCAUUCCUACUAUUUUUUCAUCCACUAAACGUUGAAGCUUUCUGAGCCCAAGGACUUAAGAUGUACAGCAUGAACUACAUAGGAAAGUUCAUCAGCAAUUUUCGUGACUUUUACAACGAAAUCAACACAGCCACUCUCACUGGAGCUAUCGAUGUUGUCGUCGUUGAACAAGGCGAUGGAUCAUUCACCUGUUCACCUUUUCAUGUUCGAUUCGGCAAACUCGGGGUCCUUCGCUCAAGAGAAAAAGUGGUCGAUAUAGAAAUAAAUGGAGAGCCUCGUCAAAUUCACAUGAAACUUGGGGAGUCUGGUGAAGCUUUUUUCGUUGAAGAAGUCAGCUUGGAUGGAUCACCCACCGAUUCAGAAAUUCCACCGCACUUGGCUUGCUCGCCCAUUCCUGACGACAGCUGCUUUCCUUCUGCAAGAUUCCGCAUGCCCGAUUUGCCACAAGAGCAGCAUGAAAUAAUACUGCGUGAUUCAGUGUUGUCGAUCGAGCGUGAAAAAUUGGAGCAAAUGUCGCUGUUACCGCCGGAUCAGCGAGAGCGAUUUCUGCUCGAACAAUUUUCCGAUUUGCCGAGUGAACAGCGUGAAAAAUGGUUGCAAAUCGCAUCGUUGACUUACGAGGAACGAGAUAAAAUAUUUCGAGAGAGUUUCGGGGACAUGUCGGCACUGCAAAAGCAACAAAUUUUGCGAGAGCAAUAUUCGGCUCUGAAGGUUGAAGAUCGUGAGAAAUUGUUCAAAGAAAACUUUCCUGAAUUGACGAUCGAGCAAAGGCAAAAGUUCGAAAAAGCUCUGCUCGCCGAUUGGAAAACCAAAGGCGAACAGUGGGACUUGAAACAAGUCGAUGCGACCAACACCGAAGAGGAAAUUUUUGACAUGGAUAACAUCAACGAGGACGAACCAAAACCUGCCAUUUCAACCCCAAAAUCUUUCGUUGCUUGCACCUCUUCCGAUCGCAUUAGAAAAAUCAGCGUUGUUGCCAAUGACUUCAGACCUAUCAACGACGAUCCACAGAGCAGCGCCAAGGAAAAAUCCAGCGACGAAUCCAACACUUCGAAUAGUAAGAAAAACUCCAAGGAAGAAACUCCCGAGGAAAUCAACAAAAGUAGUAUCACUUCCUCCAAGAAAAAACGGAAGAGAAAGAGCGUCACCAAGAGAAAAGGAUCGCAGAGAAAAGCAAGCAACGGGAGCAGCAGCCAAACCGAAAUGAGCGAAAGCGACGCUAUUGCUGCUGAAGAAACAGAAAAUAUACAAAAAGGUCCGAGCCCUGUGGUGGAAAUCGAAACAAAAACUGCAAAAAAUGAUUCGCUCGUAGCUCCCACGAACUUCGUAUCCGAAAUCAAACACCCGGAAAACGAUUUUCAUUUCUUCAGCGACACGGAAGUAACCAAGAACCGGGAUUCCAGGCCAUCCUCUCCGGUUCAAUCGGACACUGAAUUCGAGAUGCGCAAGAUCGAGCAGCAAGGCAAUGAGCUCGAAGACGAGAAGACCCAUCAGCAGAGCUGGCGAUGGGGCGAAUUGCCCAGUCCACCUCCGGAUUCGAGCCACCCCAUGAACGCGUCAACGACCUCGGUUCCGCCCAACGACACUGAGGCUCAUCGAUCUAUGCUCAGCGGUAUGUUCUCCUUCAUGAAGAAGACGUCACGGGUAAGACACAAUCCGGAAUCCGAGGGCAUUUAUCUGAGUGAUCUUAACGCGGACGAGCUGGAUCCCGAAGUCGCCGCGCUAUAUUUCCCCUCGUCCCACCGCGGCCCUACAGUGGUCAAAGAAGGCAAAGGCGUUGACGAGGAAGAUACUGAAUCCGGGAACGGUCCGAGCUUGCCACAAAGCCCGAACAGCGUCGAAGGCGCAAUCGGUGGUCCCAAAUCUUUGGACAGCGAUUUCGAAGAAUCCAAACAAUCUCUUUUCGAGAAUAACCUUGAAAUAAGUCUCUCACUUUGCGGCGGUCUUGACUCCGUCAGCGGACCAUCCGACGAUGCUUUCCAACAAAAUCUUUUGCACUUCGAAGACUUUUGCAAUGAUGUCAAACUCUACGAGAAUCCGAAUCUGGUCGUCAAAAUAAACGGCAAAUUCUACAACUGGGCCACCGCUUGUCCCAUCAUCGUCACUCUCGCUGCUUUUCAACGAUGCUUGCCGCAACAAGCCGUCGAAAAUCUCUACGCUCAGUUCAUCUCGCUGCCUGUUCACGAAGAAAAUAAAAAAGCUAUUAGCGGCAAAACCGUGGAAGGACGCGGCGGUUAUACCUCUUGGUUCUCAUGGAGAAGAUCCGCACAACCUCCCAAACAAACUCAGGAUAUUAGCGAAGUCGAUGGACCUGUUACGGAGGCGACGGAAAUAGCUCCGAGUCUCAACGUCGUGACCACAAACGAGACAAUGGAACAAAGCAAUUUGCAAGAAAUAGAGCCAAAGACUGACGAAGUAACCGAAACGCCGAUAACGCUAGAGGUGCAGAAUGGUCCGACGAGUUUGUCCUCGAGUCCCGAAGAUCCUACCGUCGUUGUAAAAAACAAUAAAUCCGGCGAAGGCGAGGGUUACAGCGGCAGCGAAGAUUCGGACAGCAACCCAAAUGGCAAAUCGACUGGUGUCAAAAUUCCAAAAGAGCGAAGACCCUAUUACGAAUCUACUGAGAAGUAUCGCAAAACUCUCCGGCUUUCUUCUGAGCAAAUAGCAAGUCUGAAUCUGAAAGAAGGUCCUAACGAGGUCGUAUUCAGCGUGACAACCGCUUACCAAGGAACUUCACGGUGCAAGUGUCACAUCUACAGAUGGAGAUGGGACGACAAAAUCGUGAUUUCUGACAUCGACGGAACGAUCACCAAGUCCGACGUUCUUGGGCACAUUCUGCCAAUAGUUGGAAAAGAUUGGGCGCAGUCGGGAGUUGCUCAAUUGUUUACGAAAAUCAAGAACAACGGUUACAAACUGUUGUAUCUGUCGGCUCGUGCGAUCGGUCAAGCGAGAGUCACGAGGGAAUAUCUCAAAAGCAUAAAACAGGGCGAUUUGUCGUUGCCCGAAGGUCCUUUGCUGCUCAAUCCCACGAGCUUGAUUUCCGCUUUUCAUCGUGAAGUCAUCGAAAAGAAACCUGAGCAAUUCAAAAUCUCGUGUCUAACCGACAUUCAAGCACUUUUUCCUGAAGGAUCGAAACCCUUCUACGCCGGUUAUGGCAAUCGCAUCAACGACGUUUGGGCUUAUCGAGCUGUUGGCAUUCCUAUUAUGCGAAUUUUUACCAUCAAUCAUCGGGGUGAAUUGAAACACGAACUCACCCAAACAUUCCAGUCAUCAUAUUCGAACAUGAGCUUUAUCGUAGACCAUCUUUUCCCUGCAUUGAGGGAGGAUGCAGCAGACGAAUUCAGCAAUUUUUCAUACUGGCGAGAGCCGAUACUGGAACUGCCGAAUCUCGAGACGCUUCUCGCUGAGAGUCAGACAGCCCAAUGAACACUAAAAUAACAUGAAAUUGUUCCCUCGUAAGGAAAAAAAAAAGAUAAAAAAACAAAGAAGAUGCUUGUCUCGCGCGAAUUCGAGCAAAUCCGCAAAUCCCCUCGUGACAAGUAUAUAAACAAUGAGAUAUAUUCAUGUCGUAUAUUCAGCUAACUUUUGUACUCUGUCUCUUCGAUAUUUAGUAUUCUAGGGUAUUAAUGCGAGUGUUUUCGAAGAAAAGAAAACUAAGAAAAAAAAAGAAAAGAACUAAACUAACGCUCAGUCGCUGUUUGAAAUUUUCGUAGAUAGCACUCGAAGUUUGCUUCAAAUUGCCAAAAAUAUUGGUUCGAAACUUGCAAUAAUGCAUUCCAAUUAACAGUACAGGCUCGAGAUUGUUCGACGUAAGAAUUCAAAUAAAAUUAGUCGGUUAUGCGUUCGUCAAAUUCACGGAAAAAAAAAUUCGAAAGACAACAAAAAAUGCUCAGGGCACCAUGUAUAAUUUGCGCUCCUAGGGAAUUAACAAAAAGAAAGCAAAGUUGAAAAGCUCAUCGUCAAACUUGUGCGGAUUAUGGGUAAAGUCCGUUGACCGGAUUUAUAUGAGGAAUUUGUAUUAAUUAGGUUAUUAUAAUUAUUUUAUUACUAUUAUUUAUGAUAGAUAGUUUUCGUUUUAAUAAUUAAAACACUUCAUUUUGAGGAGUUUUGGUUGUCUAUACCGGAGAUGACAAUUCCGUUCGAAAUCCAUUCUACAGUUUUGCCAGAUGAUUAUUUAGUCGUGAUAAAAGCUUUAGUAGGAAACAAUAAUAAAAGAGUGAAAUGAUCUGGCAAACUUGAACCGUAGUUACCUUCGUUUUAAACCUCCGCUGACAAAAUGAUUGAUAAGUUUUGUUUUUUUACUGAGAUCUCUACUUAGUUGGCCUGCUGUCAAGUUGCCAUAUUUAGGAUACGAAGAAAAAGCGGAAGAUUUAAAAAAUAUAUAUUUAUGAAAUGGUAAAUGACAUCUCUGUGCAUUGUGAUAUUUCGAUCAAAUUUGUGCGGGCUGCCUGUUUGAAGUAUAAGCUAUUUUUUUAGUUUCAACCUCUUGUAACUCUCUCGAUAGUAUUCGAAACGGAGAGUAAAAGAGAGAGAGAGGGAGGGAGGGAGAGAGAAGGAAGAGAACAGAAGGAAAGAGAUGUACUGCGAUUGGAGUAUUAUUUUUUUGGAGUAGUGAUAAUACUUUUUUACAAUUUCCGUUUUUUGCUUUUUCUUUGGAGAAAGUCAUGGAAUGUUGAAUGUGCCCAAGUUUGAGAUGGGAGUAAGCUGCGAUGAAAAAUUUACGAUAGACGAGCUGUUUACUUUCUUGAGAAUGUUUAUUUUUACCUUCUUUGAGGUUUACUGUGUGUGUGUAUGUUCGAGACAAAGUAAAGGAGGAUGAAUCAAUUUAGCGAAGAAAAUUAGAUCGACACGCGAUUGCACUUAACCAAAGAGUCGUUCUACUGAUGCAGCGUAAGGGUCUCGUUAUGAACAGUCUCUCGAGGUCCGAUAAUAAUAUCGUGCAGAUUCUUGUCACUAAAUAACGCUAAAUGUGGAAUUCAGAACGAUGAACAUGUUGCAGGAUUUUUUUUCGUUUUUUGUACGUUAUUUGUACGAUUUAUUAUUUUCCGAACGCGAUAGAACGAGCGUGUGUAUAUAUCCUGAUAAUAAAUUUCAGUUCCUUUGUAAUUCCAUUACGUUAUCGUUUUUGUUUAUUUUCUCUAUUCCGUUGUUUCUCAUAUGAUUUUGGUUUUCUUUCCUCAUUUUUAUUAUUUCCUUGUUUUCUUGCGACAGCGAAUUUCCAUUCCUUCGUUGAAAAAGUCAGCAACUGAUAAUGACGUUGACAACAAGUUUGCUUCGAAAAUUCCAUGACUAGUGUUUUGAAAUAUGAAUACGAAAUUCAUGAAAAAAUCGAUUAGAAGGGAUUUUUCAAACGAACCCAAACAGCUUUUCUAGUUUUCAGUAAUGUUUUGAGACAAAAAUCGAUAGAAAGAACUUAACGUCGUUUAAAGUCAUUUUCAAAGAAUACGAUCAACAAUGAAAUCCCAGAAUAUAGAAAAAUGAACAGCGAUUCUCUUAGUAUCGCAUUAUUAAGAAAAAAUAUAAUUAUCGAAAGAACUUGAAUUAACUAACGAAGUGCGUAACUCGAGAACCGAGUAACAUUUCAUCGAGCUUGGCAUAACCAACGUUAAUCAUAAUUUUCAUUUCUGACGACAGCUAUUGAAGAAUGGAGAAAAUGUCAAAAAAUGAUUUUUUUUUCCAUAAAUCAGGAUUUCAUGAUUGCGAAAUAUUCGUUGACGAUGAAUAUUUUGACAUUUAUUGACUGCGUUCUCCGCGUUGAGUUUACCACUGUCGAAAUACUCAAAAAAUUCAAGAGAAUUAUUAAUUUUUUAGAUAUAUCAUCGCUUGGCAUUUUUUUUACGGCCUCUUGAAAUGCUUGAGCUUAUGACGCUAAAUGUAAUAAAUGUAUGUCCUGUAAUCACCCAUUGCGUGAUCACUACGAGGGAAAACAAAAAAGAAAAAUACAUCUGACAGCAAUUGCUUCGAAAUAAAACGAAAACUCAUUUUCACCA